CCCUUCCCACCCUUGCUCAGUUGGAGCCUUGCUCGUGUUUCGCCACCUUGUUGCGGAUUGUUGCUGCCGAGUGUGUGCUCGGUUUUCAGGUCGUCACGAUGGCUAGCUACGAAUACGUGAGCCCGGAGCAGCUGGCCGGUUUUGAUAAGUACAAGUACAGUGCUGUGGAUACCAAUCCACUUUCCCUGUAUGUCAUGCAUCCAUUUUGGAACACUAUAGUAAAGGUGCUUCCUACUUGGCUGGCUCCAAAUCUGAUAACCUUUUCUGGCUUUUUGCUGGUUGUAUUCAAUUUUCUACUUAUGGCAUACUUUGAUCCCGACUUUUAUGCUUCAGCACCAGGUCACAAGCAUGUUCCUGACUGGGUUUGGAUUGUAGUAGGCAUCCUCAACUUCGUAGCUUACACUUUAGAUGGUGUGGAUGGAAAGCAAGCCCGUAGAACCAAUUCCAGCACUCCCCUAGGGGAACUUUUUGACCAUGGCUUAGAUAGUUGGUCAUGUGUUUACUUUGUUGUAACUGUGUAUUCCAUCUUUGGACGAGGACCAACUGGUGUCAGUGUUUUUGUUCUUUAUCACCUGUUAUGGGUAGUUUUGUUCUCCUUCAUCCUGUCUCACUGGGAAAAGUAUAACACAGGGAUUCUUUUCCUGCCAUGGGGAUAUGACAUUAGCCAGGUGACUAUUUCUUUUGUCUACAUAGUGACUGCGAUUGUGGGAGUUGAGGCCUGGUAUGAACCUUUCCUGUUUAAUUUCUUAUAUAGAGACCUAUUCACUGCAAUGAUUAUUGGUUGUGCGUUAUGUGUGACUCUUCCAAUGAGUUUAUUUAACUUUUUCAGAAGCUAUAAAAAUAGCACCUUGAAACACAAUUCAGUCUAUGAAGCUAUGGUUCCCUUGUUUUCUCCAUGUUUGCUAUUCGUUUUGUCUACAGCAUGGAUCCUCUGGUCACCUUCAGAUAUUUUAGAAAUACAUCCUAGAAUAUUCUACUUUAUGGUUGGAACAGCCUUUGCCAACAUCACCUGCCAACUGAUUGUUUGUCAAAUGAGCAAUACCCGGUGCCCAACUCUGAAUUGGUUGCUCAUUCCACUGUUAUUGGUUGUCAUGGCGGUGUACUUAGGAAUAGCUUCUUACAUUGAGAGCAUUCUCCUAUAUACGUUAACAUCUGUGUUCACUCUGGCUCACAUCCAUUAUGGAGUACAAGUGGUAAAGCAGCUGAGCAGCCAUUUUCAGAUUUACCCCUUCUCAUUGAAGAAACCUAAUUCGGAUUGACUAGCAAUGGAAGAAAGCCAGAUUGGCCUGUAA